AUGGAGGUUGAGGUCACCCUAGAGAGAGAGGCCAGACCAGAUAUUAUGCUCAUCUGGCUCGUAGAGAGGCAAUUGCUUCCGAUUCUGUCAUUACGGGUAUUAUCCCGGCAAUUGGCCGAGAAUGGUUGCAUAGCUAAGAAAGACUGUGAUGUAAGAGAAAUAGGUGAAGGAGCUAAGACAGGUAGGAGGAGCAAUGGGCUUGGUGUAUCUGGACAAGAAUAUGGGUCGGGUCAAAAAUACAGUUAUGUGCCUAUUGGACCUAUACCAGAAUAUGGUAAUAUUCCCGGUGGCACACCAUUUACUGGAGGACCUGGACUAGGAUAUGGUGUUGCUCCAGGUAUACCUUUAUUAGGAGGACCUGACACCGUUGGUAUACCGUCUAUAGGAGGAUUACCUGGUCAAGGAUACAAUGGUAUUCCAAUUGGAGGAGGAGGACUUGGGCUUGGAUAUGGUAGUAUUCCAGGUAUACCUUUGAUCGAGAGACCCGAUAAAGGAUAUGGUGUUUUUCCUGGAGGAGGUGGAGGAAUUGGUGGAGGAGUUGGAGGAGGAAUUGGUGGAGUAGGAGGUGGUGUUGGAAAGCGAAUAAGCGGAUGGGGAGGCGGCGGCGACAGUGGUGGUGGUGGUGGAGGAGGAUUUGGACUGGGUGGAGGCUUUGGAGGAGGUGGUGGUGCCGGUGGUGGUUCUUAUGUUAACACCAAUAUGAUCAAUAGUAAGCAUCAUUGA